AACUCUUCUAGCCGGUGGCGUAAAUUUCGGUCAUGGGGUCUCUUCAUGCAAAGGUAAAAAUUCAAUGUCAAAUAAUUAUAUUUAUUUACAUGGUUAUUAUUGGAUGAAUGUGAUAUAUUAAAUUUCAAAAUAUAUUUCAUUGCUGUACUUAGAAAUAUUCUUUUAAUUAUUUAAUUAUUUAUGGGUUUAAAACCUUUAGGCCUAUUAUUGUUAAUUGAUUGUCUUUCCCCGAUCUGGGUCUGAUUAUUAAUAUUAAUAAAAUUUAUUAUUUAUCAUGACUUGCUCAGCAUGGCAUAAAUAAUCUCUCAUGUUCUUUUAAAUUUCAUUUUAUUAAUAGGCCUAGUCUCUAAUAAUCUUGAUUAUCCAGAUGCCCCAUACAAUACAUUUGAUACCAACCUUAGGGUCCUAUUGAUAUUGCUAAUACAGCUAGCAUUGGCAAUGCACAUAUUAAUAUUAGUAUUAUUAAUUAAAUAUUAGUAUUAGUGUUGACUUUGCUUUUAAUCAGUAUGAAUAUGAAUAUGAUAUCAGUCAGUCAGGGUAAAUUAUUAAAUUUCUUUUUGGAGCGCCACUUAUUUCCCAGUGCCAUCAUCUUGGUUGCCAUGAUGAAAGAGUGUUAUGGAAGCCAAGAUGGUAGCUGUGUAAAAAAAAAAAAAAAAAAAAGGAUGCAAAAAACAAUGUCUGACCCGAAAAGGGGGCAGGGGAAAAGAGACCAUCAAUAAAUGACAUUACUGGUGUGGGGGGGGGGGGGGGGUCAGAUUUAUUUGACGAUUGGGAUAGGAAGGCUUAAGCAAUGUGACUUCACAUAAAAAGAGGAAUAUUGUAGUAAAGAAUUGCACAGAAUGACCUAAAAAAAAAAAAAAAAAAAAAAGGUGUCCAAACACAUGUCUGACUGCUAAAAUGGGCAGGGGGAAAGAGGCCAUCCAUAAAUGACAUUACUGGUCUGGGUGGGGGUGGGGGGUCAGAUUUAUUUGACGAUUGGGAUAGGAAGGCUUAAGCAAUGUGACUUCACAUAAAAAGAGGAAUAUUGUAGUAAAGAAUUGCACAGAAUGACCUUAAAUUACCAACAUUUUUAACAUUAUUAUUUUAUACAACCAUUAUAAUUAUUUUACUUUUAAACUUCGAUCACUGAGAGAAUCAGUACCCACCAUGGAGGAGGAGAAUCAGGAUGUAGUUACAAUGACAGUCCUGAGAAUUUAUGGCUGAAUGAGGACACAUGAGUCAUAGACUUAGGACUACCACAUGAAGUGGGAUGGAACACACAAAAAAAUGUUGAUGGGUGGGAGGGGGGUCAUAGUGUUUCUGACACAGGUGGAAUAAUUUGAUAUCCAUGGGAUGUAAUUCCUUAAGGUUUUGAAAAGGACAGUAUUAGACACAGGGACUUUUUUUAGGGCAGAGGGGGGGUGGUGGUGUCUUAAAAAAUCGGCAGAAUUUGUUUGACAUCAUUUAUGAAUGGCCCCAUAGAGAGAGAAUGUGCUGUUUUUAGCUACUUACACUUACACUUACAGAAACGAAAAAAAGGUACAACACAUUAAAAUUUAAUGAAAUAAUUUCAGCUGGUGCAUUAAUUUCAUGGCAAACAAAGCAACUUAAUUGUGUCCCUCUAGUUAUGUGGCAAGAAGUGUCAAUGACCUGUGGUCACCCCCUUUCGUGGUAUAAUUCCAGCGGGUAGAUUAAUUUCUUGGCUAUGUAGCAACUUAUUGUAUCCCUCUAGAUUUGCGACAAGAAAUGUCAACGACCUGUGGUCGCAUGCUUCCCUCAACUAAACCAUGUGUGCUACAGCUACCCACGGUAGCAAGAAAAGUUUCAAAAUGUAGGGAAAAAAAGAGAGAGAAAUUUAAACAAGAAAAACCCAACUUACAGUUUCAUAGCAUCUACUUUUUACACACUUUAUUACAGGUUCCACCAAAAAUAAAAUACCAAAAGUUGUCAGAAAAGUCAAUACAAUAUCCAUUUUCCAAAAGGGAGUGGUUAUUCACACUCGGCUGAAAAUAACAUUAUGCUAUCAGUAGUAGUAAACCAUUUAUCGGCUGGGAAUAACAUUGUUAAUGUUAUUGUUAAAUUUUAAAAAAAUUAGAUUACAGCCCAUGAUUCCGCUCCAUUAUUUUUUCAUUUAUUUCCUUGCAGUAGUAAACCAUUUAUCUGUUUGGUAUAACACUGUGCUAGCAUUAGUAAACCAUUUAUCGACUGGAAAUAAGGCUGAGCCUUUUACACAGAUGAGACAUUUUGCUGACAAUAAUGUUGAGCGUUAUUCCCAGCCGACUGUUUAUAGUGCCUCCCUUUCCAAAAUGCAGGAAAAUUUAAAAAUUACAAUUAACCAUCCAAUGAAAUAUUAAUUUACAACAUUCCAUCGGCAUAUUAUAUUGAAAAAAAGAAAAGUUAAUUGUAGUAACAAUCCAAGAAUAAACAAGGGAGAGAAUCCUACACCAAAACUCAGAGUGGUACGCUGAACCAACAUUAGCCCAGUUUCAUUGAUGAAUUACUAAUUAGUAUUUUGGGGCAUUUGUGUUAGUCAUUUGUAAUUUUGAGUGGAUCUACACUACUGACUUGUUAAGUUCAACAUCAUAGUCAUUGUCAAAGGAUCACAUAAUAGCCCUCGGACUUUUUUCUUCACCUAAGCAACCGGGAUAAAUUGGGUUUAUUUUACUAAGCUUUUCAAUGCAGGCUGCCAUUCAUCACAGUUCAGAAGAGAAAAUAAUUUUGUGUUCAUUAAUUAUAUUAAAAAAAACAUUAUUAUAUCUCUCUCUAAGCAAUGUAGGAAGCUAUGAAAGAUUUUAGUGUUAGUCAGUUGAGUUUGUAUCUUGACCGUAAUAAAUUUUAUUAUUACAUAAUUCAAUCCACAAAUAUAUAAUGAUAUUGAAUUUUUUUUAAUGAGAAUAUAAAUAAACAAGGUUUCCAACAAACACAUUUGGUAGACCAAAAGAUUUUGGGUAUCUGUCAUUUAUCAUGGUUUGUCAAUAUUAAGACAUUUAUUGUUUUGUUUUUUUUUAAAUGUGAAACAAUAUCCACUAAAACUUAACUAAGUGUAAUGUCUCAAAAUCUUGGCUCAAAUUAUCAUCUUCACUAAAAAGUGUGGUUUUUAUUUAUUUAAGAAAUGAUCAACAAAUUGAUCGUGGGCACCUCAAAUAUAAGAAGAAGAAUUAAAAAAAUGUCCCUUUUCCCUGACUUAACUUAGUCUCCAUCUUCAAAUAACAGUAUGUGCAUUGCGUUUCAAUGCUUAUAUGAGUGCAGCCAACAUGUGCAGAUUCAAUUUAUCAGACUUUUAUUAAUUUUUUUUUUAAUUUUUAUUUUUGUUAAAAGCUGAAUGAGCAAAUCAUAAUAAAUGUAUUACUAAUUUGAAAAUCUAUAGAUUACAUUCUUUUCAGUCUUCAGCUACUGUUUGUUCAUAUACAGUACAAAUUUGUUCAAACUGAGUACAGUGCUAUCAAGUUGUUAUUUUGUUCUGUUGACAGUUAUAAGUUAACAUGAUUAUGAAACUUCUGCUUUUGGGGAAAUAAGAAUAUUUGAAGCGUGUUUCAUCAUUUAUUGGAUUUAGCUGUAGAAAUAUGAGUGUUGCACAGGGAAGUGGGGAAAUUUCCAUACCUACUCUCUUUCCAAGUUUGUUAUUUAAACAAUAAUUCAUAUUAUGUUUUCUAGGCACCUGCUGAUCCCCAGCCAAAAGGUGUUAAAACAUCGGUGAGCAACAUGUGGCAAUAAGAACACUUUACAUUAACCAGGAAUAUUACUUUUCUGUUAAUUAAUAUAUUUUUUUAUAGCAAGCAAUAUUAUUUCACCUACUAAAUGAAUGUAAAGAGCUUUAGGAAAUCUUAAUAUUUUCUUAAUCAUGUUCAAAGUUUCUCUUUAAAAAUAGAUGGGGUUUUUUUUCCAGACUGUCACAGCAGAUAAGAAAAAAGAAGAGGUUUAUGUGAAUUUUGACAAGUUGCCUGUAAGUAAAUCAAAAAUAAGUAUUAUGUAAAGCCUUGAAUUUUGCCAACAUUUUAAUUUUUGCAUAAUUCUGUGUAGUUGAUUUUUUUAUAUUUUUUUUUUAGAAAACUCAGAUACAUUAGAAAAAGAAUUGACUGAGGCGCAAAUUUUCUCUUCAUCCCAGCGGCUAGCGAUUAAUGUUAAGAAUUUUAUCCGAUGUGUUUUACAACUUUCAGGUUAGAGUUCAACGUGUGGUUGUUGACGGACUAACACGAACAAAAGAUGACAUUAUUAUCAAGGAAAUCAAACCAUUACUCAGUGCCAAGACUUUUGAUGAGGUUUGUUUUUUAAAUCUCUCAUUCCAUAAAUUUGGUGGUAUCAUUUACACUUAGCUGUAGUUCUAUCAAGCUCAUCAAGUAAUCCUUUAACAACUGAAAUCAUUUGAAAUAAGUAUUAUGAUUACAUGUAUUUGUUUCUGGUGAGUUUUAGUCGCUUAAAAAAAAACAUCAACAUUGUUUGGAAAUUAAAAGCAUUAUACGCAAUCUUUGUGUAGUACAUCAGUUCAAAUUUAUCGUUUUAAGAACUUAAACAAUGGAUUAUUAAAACUUUCAUGUGAUGAAUUCUUUAAAUUACGUCUCUGACACUUAAAUACAUUUGAAGUUCACUUCUUAUUUGAAGCCCCUCGCUUAUCAUUUUGUUCUCAAAAUCAUUCUCUAUCCUCUGAUCCAUCUCACAUUUUCUCUUCUACUUAAAGCGCUCCCAUUUCUCCUGGGCAUCUUAAGCCUCUUGAGAUUGACUGGGCUGAUCUAAAAUUCGGCCCAAGAGUCAGUGGUGAAAAAGUCAAAGGGCCAAAAAUAUCAGCCCCAUAAUACAAGCCUCAAGAUUGGCUGGCUGGUCUUACUAAGAGAUAACUUUAUUUUUUUAAUACAAUUUUUUUUGCUGGUCUUGUGAAAAGGCCUCCAUCUUCUUGGCACCUAUAGUCCAAAAAUGCUCAAUCUCAAGAGAGUUGAAAAUAACAAAAAAUGUGUCCACACACAAAAAUUUGUUAUUUUUCUCAUGCAUUUGAUUUAAUGUCUCUCUAUUAAAUAUUUCACUUUGCAGCUUGUUCAGCUCAGCUAUGGGGCCAAAGUCAAAAUGGAGCGUCUUGGUCUUUUCAAAAAUGUUGUUAUAGCAAUUGAUGUCAGUAAAGGUAAGAUAUUUUAGUAGCCUGAAGGGCUUAUCCAAAGAAUGAUAAAUUAUUUUUUAAAUUAGGCCAACGUUUUCUGUGAGGUAAGAAACAAUUUUGAAGAGCUGUGCUUUUUUUAAAGACUUUCUUUCUACUCACAAACCCGUCAAGUUGUCUUUCUUUCUACUAUGCCUUAAAAGAACUAAUUUUCUCACUUUUUAAUGCCCUUCAAACUGGCCUUUAAAAAGGAAGUCAUUAUUUUUUAAAUUUAAAAGAGUGAUAAGUAAAUAAUUUAAGGUAUAAGAUUAAAAAGGCUAGCAAACUAUUGCUUUGAUUUCAAUUAAGAUUAUUUUUUUUUUUUACUUUCCUUCGACAGACAAACGAGAAAAUGGGUAUGAGGUUUUGUUUGAAGUUCAGGAGUUUCGUCGGGUGGAUGGUGGUAUCUACACAUCAAUAAGUAACAAUGAUGGAAGCCUGGUAAAGAGAUAGGCUUUAUGAGAUAAAAUUUUGUGUCUGUGGGUGUGUGCAUCCACAGAAAUGUUCACACUUUUUUUUUUUAAACUCAAAUGUUUAAUUACAGGAUCUUACAGCAGUUAGAAAUCUGUAUUGUCUUUUAUAAGUGUAUCAUAAGUCUUUCUCCAGUUAGAUGACAAUAACUACAUAUUUAUCUGUCUGUGGAGUAAAAUAAUAUUUAUGCAACCGUGAGACCUGACGUCGCUGACGUUUUAUGAAUUAUAUUUUAUGUUAAGUAAUUUUUUUAAACAUUUAUAUUCUACGUAAAGUUUAGAAUUUCUUAGUGUCUUUUGAUGUCAGAAUGGCAAAAUACAGUCCGUCUUGUUCAAGGGAAAUACAUUAAUUGUGACUCAUUGUAAAUUCCUUUUUAUGUUUCUAUUUGCACAUUCGUAUUUUUUUUUUUUUUUUUUUUAAAGAACGUAAAUGAAAUUAUUUUAAUGAAACUUUGCUUUUAAAUGAAAUCAAAAUGAAAAGCUAUUGUUUAAGUUUUUCUUUCUUUUUAUUCAGGAGUUCCAAGUAAAAUUUUUUUUUUUUUUUUUUUUUUUUUUUUUUUUUUUUUUUUUUUUUUUUUUUUUUUUUUUUUAAAGAACGUAAAUGAAAUUAUUUUAAUGAAACUUUGCAUUUAAAUGAAAUCAAAAUGAAAAGCUAUUGCUUAAGUUUUUCUCUCUUUAUAUUCAGGACUUCCAAGUAAAGAUGCCAAACAUGGUUGGUCGUGGUGAGCAGUUCAGAUUAGACUACACUGUAGGGACGAAGAAAACCCACGGCUACAGCGCUUACUUCAAGAAACCUCUUAACAAUAACCCUGACAUGUUGUAAGCUAAUUUUCCUGAGUGGUGUAUGGACAGGAUGUAACUUCUUUCUUUCAUAGGGCAGAUUUAUUUUUGGUCUUUAAGGAAGUGUGACAAAAUUUUAGUUAUAGAUUAUUAACCAGUAAAUCUUUGUUUGCUGUAAAAUUUUAAAAUGGCAACUUCCCUUUGAGUAAAUGGGGAGGUUCCCGAUAACUAUAAGAAUGUCCUGACUGCGGCCGAUGCUGCAUCAGUGACACGGUUUAGGUUACACCUCAUCAUUUAAAAAUUUUUUUUUUAUUUCUUAUUGCCAGAUGCUUGACGUCUCUGUUUAUCUUUAAAUAUUCAAGUAUUUCCACAGCAUAGGAAGCACUGCCUACCAGUUUCACGGAGAGUAUCCAUGGAGUGGCUACAAGCAGACAGACAGGGGAAUAGCAUUUGAUCUAACGGUGGAUAUAGCCUUUGAUAUAAUGAUAGAUAUAGCCUUUGAUAUAAUGAUAGAUAUAGCUUUUGAUAAAAUGAUAGAUAUAGCCUUUGAUAUAAUGAUAGAUAUAGCCUUUGAUAUAAUGAUAGAUAUAGCCUUUUAUAUAAUGAUAGAUAUAGCCUUUGAUAUAAUGAUAGAUAUAGCUUCUGAUAUAAUGAUAGAUAUAGCCUUUGAUAUAAUGAUAGAUAUAGCUUUUGAUAUAAUGAUAGAUAUAGCCUUUGAUAUAAUGAUAGAUAUAGCCUUGAUUUAAUGAUAGAUAUAGCCUUUUUAUAAAUGAUAGAUAUAGCCUUUGAUAUAAUGAUAGAUAUAGCCUAGAUAAUGAUAGAUAUAGCCUUUUAUAUAAUGAUAGAUAUAGCCUUUGAUAUAAUGAUAGAUAUAGCUUCUGAUAUAAUGAUAGAUAUAGCCUUUGAUAUAAUGAUAGAUAUAGCUUUUGAUAUAAUGAUAGAUAUAGCCUUUGAUAUAAUGAUAGAUAUAGCUUUUGAUAUAAUGAUAGAUAUAGCCUUUAAUAUAUACAUUUAAUAAUAGUUGAAUAACUAGUCAUAAUUAUCCUGUCGCGAAUGUAGAUCUUAAUGUUAAUGUAGAACUUUUCACUGCCUUAAUGGUCUAGAUUUCAGGCAGACAUUGGCUUAAAGGUUUUUAACUCUUGUUGAUCUUUCCUGUCAGUUUCCCACUCUGUUUGGAUCUCACAACUUGCAGUGGGAGGGGGUCUGGCGAGACUUGAAGCCGUUGUCAAGAGAAACAUCCUUCUCUGUCCGCGAGCAGGCCGGCCACUCUCUCAAGUCAAGUUUGAAAGUAAGAUCGCCAACUUGCUGUGUUCCAUUGUGUGCAGUCGUAACCCUGAAACAGCGGAUGAUGGGCCAUCGUGACUGUUUCAGUUUAAACGGCCGUUACCUUAAUUAAAAUUGUCAAUGAAAAUCGUAUGUCUUUUGUUAGCUCAAGAGGAACGGCUCUCACUCAUUAGUUAGGGUGUUUGUUUUUUUUUGUUUUUUUUUUACAUCCUAUCAAAAUUUUUUAUUUUUUUUAAAUUCCUGUUUACAUUGUUGUUUUUGUUUGGCAGCAGGCUGAAAAACAAAUAUUUACUUUUUUUAAAGAGUAAACUCUAAGAGUCAGUGUAAGGGUGUAUUCAAAGUAAAGUUGCACAAUAUUUGUCACACCAGACGGGUCUUUAUCAUAUAUUAUACUUUCUGAACCUGUGUACCGACAUAGAGCUCAGAGUUCAUUUUCGAUGCAUGUUUGGUAUUUCAGUUGAUAUGUAAGUUGACAAAAAAAUUCUUUGGCAUUGCAGUUCAAAUGCAUCUGUCGCAGGCUUUGUGAUUAAAUCACCAUUAAACAAAUUUUCUUCAAACGCCUGACCAAAAUGGCUUUAUAUAUUUUCUAAAUGUUAUUUUUCCUCCAGCACACGUUCUCCAUUGACAAACGUGAUGAUCCCAUUCUACCAACCACUGGCUUUCUCUGGCAAACUAGUCAGGUAAGUUUUUAGUUCAUCUCACACAUCUUUGAUGUUCAUCUUUGAUGUUCAUCUUUGAUAAAUACAGUUUAAUUUUUGUUCUCUUUUAGCCAUGGAUUAGAAUUGUUUUAACCCUCUUGGGGCGACGCCAGGGUCAAAUACGAAAAAGACAAGUGACCGAUCCAUCUGCCUGUUAAUUCAAGCCUUGUGAGCGGCUGGCUGAUUUCCUUACCAGCUAAUCAGAUUGCAUCUCUCAUUUCUUGCUCAUCUCAUCAAUUGAAUAGUGUCUUCCACUGACAUUUUACUACCCUUCUCUGUCAUUUUUUAUCAAAUUGUUUUUUGUACCUAGUGACCACUAAAAAUGCUUGUCAAAAGGCAUGAGCAGCACCAGGGGAAUAUUUUAUAUAUUUUUUUUACACUGCAUCUCAUUCAAAUAUGGGUUAGGACUUAAAGUAUUUCAACAAUCAUACAAUUUUUAAUUCUUCAAGUAAGACAUGUUUAUUCUAUUUUUUAGUGUUUUUUUUUAAAAUAAAAAUUGCAUGCAUAACUUAUGCAAAUCAGGAUAUCUCAUUUGCAUAAAUUUGAGAUUUCAGUUUGAUUCAUAAAGAUCAUAUUAGUUCAUUCAAUUCCCUACAAGAAUAUUUUUUUUUUUUUUUGCUAUAUGAGAGCUGAGCUUGUAAAAAGUGCUCCGUCUUCUUGGCACCGACAGUCAACUUAGGCUCCGACUCAAAAGGCUUUUAAAGGAAAUUGAGUUCAUAACAUUUUGAAAACAUCCCUACAAGAAUAUUUUUUUUUUUUUUUUUUUUUGCUAUAUGAGAGCUGAGCUUGUAAAAAGUGCUCCGUCUUCUUGGCACCGACAGUCAACAUAGGCUCCGACUCAAAAGGCUUUUAAAGGAAAUUGAGUUCAUAACAUGUUGAAAACCAAAACCUUGAAAAAAAUUAAUUGUGUGCAGAAAAACAAUUGCAGUACUAAGGUUAUAAUAUUUCUUUUAACUUUGGGUAUCAUGUAAAUUUUCCAGAGAUUAUUUCAAACAGUGCAUCUUAUAAGAGAUAAUGGGGUCCCAACCAUUUCAUCAGAAUUUCAAUCCAGGCUUAUUACACAAGCCUUGCUGAUGAAGUAUCAUGAACUGGUUAAUCUGGAAACACCCUGCUUUGUAAACCACAGGUCCUUAAAAGAAGGAAAAAAGUUCAAAGUGUGUGUUGUUAUAAAACUGUGUAUUCUGUUGACAGGAAUAUGCCGGUCUUGGUGGUAAUGUGGAGUAUGCAAAACAGGAUGGAACAUUUCAGUGGAACACAUCCCUCCCAUUGGACACAGUCAGUGGAGCAUUUUUACAAAUUUGUUAUAAUUUUCUACUCAUUUUUCUUAGUUAACAUGAUGUUAAAUUUAGAUAAUUAAUUUAAAAUGUUUCAGUACAUAUUCUGGUUUUACAAUUGUUAUAACCUUGUAUGAUAAUCCAUGGAUUAUAGAUGAAAAACGUGGCAAAUGAUAUCACAACCUUUUUUUUCAGAGCACUUUUAGUGUUAAAAAUCAAAACUUGGUCACAGAAUUUGGUAAAACUUUGACAAGGGGGUAAAAAGCUAUGCACUUGACUUCAUGAAAACUCACAACCUUCUAAACAGUUAACCUUAGUUUAAACGGGGUUUUUUUUAAAGCAGGACAAUAAACUGCAGAAAUUAUUAUUAUUUUUUUUUUAAAGAAUCAUUAUAAUCCACUCUGCAGAUAUUCCAGUUGUCGCUGGCAGGAGGAAUCAUGAGAACAUUGGAUCCCCGGGCAUCCAUUUCAAUCAGUGACAAAUUCUUCUUAGGGGGUCCAUUGACUUUGAGAGGGUUCAGCAUGAGGGGCUGCGGCCCCCACAGUCAUGGUGAGCCAGUAACACAGUUUUCCUAUUUCUUUUGUUUUAAUUUCUUACCAAAUUAUUUCAAAUGCCAAAGUAUCUAUUUUCUUUUUAAAUUUUCAACGUUUUUUUUUUUUAAGAGUUAAUCUUAUUAUUAGUUAGUACUUGAUGACAGGCUUCCUUUUCAAGUGAAAUGAAAAUAUUAAUAUGAAAAAUUCCCCGAUGCUGCAGACAAUGCCCUGGGAGCUGAAUCUUACUGGCUGGCAGCUGCGCACAUCUACAGUCCCCUACCCUUCAGGCCAGGCAAGGGCAGGUUUGGCGAUCUCUUCAAGACCCAUUUCUUCAUCAAUGCUGGCAACCUGGGCAACAUGGACUUCAGUGAGUUCCUCAUGGCUGCUUUAACUUGUGAUUAGCCUUGUCUGGUGGUUGAGUUCAGUGGUUCCCAAACUAGUUUAGUUAAGAUGUUACCAAACUUUUUAAUUUCUUGGAAUCCAUGAUAAAUUCAGUUUUUCAAACAGCACCUCAAUUCAAGCAAUUACUCUGAGAAAUAGCAAUUUUUAAAAAAAAAUUAGUGUAAGGAUUAGGUAAAAAAAUAUAUUAAUAAAACAAGAAAUGGUUUUUGUGAUCAGAAAGCAGAAUAUAGUAAUCGUCUGUAGAUGCCUCUGCAAACAGUUAUUACUGGGUAAGUUACUGUUUUGCACCAAAUGUCCUGAAUUUGGAAAUAGAAAUUAUUACUGUCUUGAAAUAUUUCCCGGCGACCCAGUGAGUAAGCCACAGAUCCCCAGGGUGCCGUGACGGACACUUUGGGAAUCACUGGUUUAGUGGAUUGUAAAUUUUCAACAGUGCUUUUCCAUUUUGUGAAUAUUUUUUAUUCUAAUUUUUAUUGAUCAAUGUAUUUUUACAAUCAAAGUAUACACACACAGAAAGAAAUGUAAUCAGAACAUUAGACUAAUCUCUUUAAAAUAAUAUGUAUUGUUUCUAUGCAUGUUGAAGCCUGUACUCACACCUAUAUUUUUACUGAAAGUGAGUUUUAAAAUUUGUUCUCUUUGUGUAGUGCGUUUUUUUUUGGUUUUUUUUUUAACAACUAAUAAUUCCUUAUUUAACACUGUUUCUGGGGAAAAUUAUUAUCGCUACCACUGACCCCAAGUUUAAGCCUAUUAUUAACUAAUUAUUUUUACAAAAUAUAUAUUAUCCUUUUAUUUUUCAGGUAAUUUAUCCAAAUCUUUUCAAUACCUGGCCACCACCCUGCGGUGGUCUUACGGUGCAGGCAUUGUUCUGUGCAUGGGAAGAAAUGCCCGUCUGGAACUCAACUAUGUUGUACCAAUGAGGAUACAAAAGGGAGAUAAGUAAGUCAUAGAGAGCAUUUAUGACACAAGAUCCUGCAGUUAUCAAAUGUUUAUAUACCUCUGCUGAAUUGAAGCCAAGCUAAUGUCAUGUACUUUUAUUUAUAGCUUAAACAGGUAAAGAAAUUUCCUGUAGAUUAACUCCACUCAUUGAUGAGCUUGCAUUUUAGCUGAAUUUCUAAAUUUCCAAUGUAGCUAACUUUUUUUCUCCAGAGUAAAGCUAUCCAAACCUUUUGACUGAGGUGAAAUGAUUAUUUGAUCUAUAUUUGUAUUCCAGGGCCAAUUCCGGUCUACAGUUUGGUAUAGGAAUUCAAUUCUUGUAGAGCCACAUUUAACCACUACCUGGAGCCCAACUUGUGCCUGACUUCUUCAUUUAAUAUUUUCAACAGAGAGCAGCUGUUGUGAUGAGUGUUGGG